AUGAGAAUAGAACAUUCCGAUUCCGAUUCCGAUUCCCACUGCGAACAAGCGGACCCUCGUAGAUUUUGCCAAAACCCAAGUUCGACUUCCCAGUUUCCCACUUGAUGAUUCCCCUCCAGCCUCUGUCAAGGGCCUGGGCAGCAUAGAGUACUGCGCAAACGGUUGUCGAAAUCUUCACUACUAACCUUUGAAGUUUAAAUUACUCAGGAACCAGUCUAAAGCAAGAAACAGAUGGCUACUCUGAAAAUCCCGAAAAGCCACCCACUUCUCUCUCCUCCUCAAUUGGUGUUCUUCUCCACCUGGAUCACCACCACCUUUCCACCAAGAAUAGCAAGACCCAAUUCUCACAACCAUUUCUCAGGUCAUUAAGAAUACCCCAACAAAGCCCCUCGAUUCCUCUCUCAAGAGGUUUGUCCCUUCUCUCACAUCUCGCCACGUUGUUGAUCUGACUACCCAAAACCCUUUCUCCCUCGGCCCAUCUUCUCUUCUCUCCUUCUUCAGAUGAAUGUCUCCUCAAACAGGGUUUUCACCAUACCAUUCAAUCCUAUUGUCCAUGGCCCAUCACUUAUGCGGCCACCGAAUGCUCUCAGCCAAUCACUGCUUCAAUUUGUUGUUUCUUGUAAGGGGAAGGACUCGACAUCAUCCAUUUUCGCAUCAGUUCUUGAAACCAGAGGUACCCAUGAACCUAAUUUGGUAUUUAAUGCUCUGAUGAAUGCGUAUACAGAUUCUGGAUUUAUAUCAAACGCAAUUCAGUGUUUUAGGUUGGUUAGGAAGCAUGGAUUUCGGAUUCUAUUUCAUUCCUGCGGGUACCUUCUUGAUCGCUUGAUGAAGUCCAAUUCACCUGCAGCAGCUUGGGCGUUUUAUUCGGAAAUUUUUGAAUGUGGAUUUCCGCCCAACAUUUACACUUUUAAUAUUUUGAUGCAUACAUUGUGUAGGGAGGGUAAAAUUAAGGAAGCUGGGUUGAUUUUUUAUGAAAUUAGUAAGAAGAUUGAGCCGACUGUUGUUAGUUUUAACACUUUGAUCAAUGGAAACUGCAAAAUGGAGAAUCUGGAGGAGGGAUUUAGGCUUAAGAGGGUAGUGUCAGAAACAAGAAUCUUUCCUGAUGUUGUAACUUAUGGUGUUUUGAUUAAUGGUUUAUGCAAAGAGAGUAGAUUGGACGAAACAAACGACUUAUUUGGCAAAAUGUGCAAAAGAGGUUUGGUUCCAAAUGAUGUUACAUUCACAACUUUGAUAGAUGUGCAAUGCAAGAAAGGGAGAAUUAGUGAGGCCAUGGAAAUUUAACAGCAAAUGUUGGGGCAAAGUGUGAAGCCUGAUUUAAUUACUUACAAUACCCUCAUUAAUGGACUUUGCAAGGUUGGUGAUCUGAGGGAAGCGAGAAGGCUUGUUGAUGAGAUGAUGAAAAGGGGUUUGAAACCGGAUAAGAUCACAUAUACAACCAUUAUUGAUGGGUGUUGCAAGGAGGGAGAUCUAGAAUCUGCCAUUGAGGUAAGGAAGGGAAUGAUUAACCGAGGGAUUGAGCUUGAUAACGUGACAUAUACAACACUUGUUUAAGGAUUGAGUAAAGAAGGACGAAUGAUUAAUGCAGAAAGGACAUUGAGAGAAAUGUUAAAAGCAGGAAUGAUGCCAGAUGAUGCUACUUAUACAAUGAUGACUGACGGAUUUUGUAAGAAGGGGGACAUUAAAAUGGGUUUUAAGUUGCUUAAGGAGAUGCAGUGCAAUGGUCGUGUACCAAGUGUUGUGACCUAUAAUGUUCUUAUGAAUGGGCUCUGCAAACAGGGGCAGAUGAAAAUUGCAAAUAUUCUCCAUGAUGCAAUGCUUAAUUUGGGGGUUGUUCCAGAUGAUGUUACCUACAACGUUCUCUUGGAAGGGCAUAGCAAACAUGGAGACCCAAUGGGUUCUGAUAAGCUACGUAGUGAGAAAGGUUUGGUGUCUAAUUUUGCAACUUACAGUUCACUGAUUAGUGAAUUAAGUAAAAAUUCAAAAAGUCGCCAAAAGAGAUGCUUGUAUGGUUAAAUUCUACAUUUGAGUGACAUAGCUAGGGAUAUGUAUGACUCUGUGAAAUGAAUUGAAGGGACACACCUUGAUUUCCCUAAUCUAUUUAUCAGAUGAAAACUAUGGUACCCUGUGGUCAAUUUUUAUCCAAUGCAAGAUUGCUACCCUAUUUAUUGGUUGAAGGCAAGAUCUCAUUUAUAAGAGAGGGAACACAAUCAAUUUUUCAGGAUGCAAUAACCUUGUGAUUUAACAGGUUUAGCCAAUGUUUAGUGUGAAUAUUCAUUAAUUCUUGACACCAAUGAUGAAGAUUAACUGAAAAUUUGGAGCCCUUUGACUACUUCUGUUUUUAAUUUAUGACUUGUAUUAAAUCCUGGAUGACUGAGUUGAUAGUGAGAGAAAGCAUGUGAAG